CAAGAAAGCCGUGGACACAUAUUUCAAUUAAAUGUCACACAUACUCGUUUUGGGUCAAACCUCAUCAAAAUUUCUAGUGAUUCCGCCAAACCAGAGACAGCUGGAUGGCAGGCAGCAAUCGAGCAGCAGGUACCCCCUGCACUAACAGAAUCAUCAUCAUUCCUCAAGGUACAAUCGAUCCCAAACAGAACACCGUCAUUCACAUACCAAGGAACUUGGACAAUAGUGCACCGCUUUUGGUCACGCCGCCACGGAUAGAAGGCGGACCUCUUAGCGUGCAGUUGCUGCCAGAUUUUCAGGACAGGCUAUCCCGGCCUGGAGAGACAAAUGGCGAUCGUGCUGCCCGUACAGGAACGGAACCCAAACUUUGCCCCAGCGAGCGCGCAAAAAGAAAAACGGGCAAAAAAAUAGAACAGAACUCUAAAGCUAUAGCAGUAACUGGGCCCCCAGAAAGGUUCCCAGAUCCUGAACCACCAUCUGUCACGGAAGAUACCAGAAGAAUUUGUAGUGGCGUUGGUGAACAAAACAUCAAAAGCAUCAAGAGUUUCUCCAGGAAACAGCAGACAGGUGGACCGGUACAGACACAGGUGUUCUCCAUGGAAGCUCCAGAGGGAAUAAGUGAACAAGCCAUGGAUAGGAUCAUCUGGGAAUCGAACCAACCUGGAUAUGACUAUUCCGUUAUAGAUGGGACCUUAAGAGCGCCUCAGCAGUUCCAGCAAAACUGGAACAACGAUGGUUUCCAACCAGGUUCCAGCAGCAUACCACAGCAGGAUCGUCUAGAUCUAAAUUUUAUGCUAAAUCAGCCCACGCCCAGCCCUAUCUGGCCUGAUUCCGGAGUGUCGUCAACAAUUGACCCAUCCAAAUGUAACUAUAACGGUAAUAGCAUUAUAUACCAAACUGCUCAAAUGAGUCAUCAGAGCGAUUUCUUUCCUCAACCUCCUCCAGCUGCCCCAUCCACUUCAAAAAGGAACAACGUAACAUAUAAAUUGCCUGAUAUCUCCACGAUGUACGAAGCUGCUCAGAACAUCACUCCGCCACCUGUAAUCCCAGCUUCCUGUAGAGGUUUCCUGGCAGCUACCAAUCCGCCUCCUCCAAAACCACCAUGCAAUCCAGAAUGUGGAGGAGAUUGCAGUCUUCCAGGUGAUGACACUCCCCAGCCUCCAGAUAGUUGUGUGCCAUGUUUCGAUUUGACCCAGCAGUCUGUGAUGAUGUCACAGCAACAGAAGCAGUGUAUUUGUCCACCCCCCAUGCCUCCACAACAGGAACAGUAUGUCACACCUUAUGACGAAGCCAUUGUGCCGCCUCCUGAACAAUAUGGGCAUCCGUCUUGUGAUGAGGUCAAUAUGUCGCCUCCAGAACAGUAUGGGUGUCUGCCUUGUGACGAAGCCAAUUUGCCGCCUCCAGAACAAUAUGAGUGUCCACCUUGUGAUGAGGCCAAUAUGCUGCCUCCAGAACAAUAUUGGUGUCCGCCUUGUGACGAAGCGAAUCUGCCUCCUCCAGAACAAUAUGGGUGUCCACCUUGUGAUGAGGCCAAUAUGUCGCCUCCAGAACAAAAUGGGUGUCCUCCUUGUGAUGAACCUGAACCAGAACCUGAGCCUUGUAAGCCAACCUGUGGAGGAGAAUGUAAUCGGCGACCACCACAGGGAGACGAAUGUUGUCCACCAUGUGAUGAAAACCAGCAGCAAAUGAUGGCUCCUCCAACUAAUACUGGUCAACGCGUUCCAAAUUGUCCUCAAGACUUCAACACAGACAUGUACAGCCAAGGCUUCCCCGGAACACCAUGCCCACCCCAGCAGAUCCAGCAAACGUCCAGUAUGCCUGCACCUCCCAGAAUGUCUGGAGCUCACGCGAUGACACCUAGAGGUUCCUGUGGAGGAGGGGUACCAGCCCAGUGGGAAUUGACCUUCCAGCAGCAACCCCAACAGCAAGCCGGUCCAAGGAGGCCAAGUCUCUCACUACCGCAACCUAGAAGGACAAGCAUCCAAGGGGGAAGCCAAAGAAGGGCUAGUGUUCAAGGUCAAGAUUCUCACAGCGGAGGAAAGAAGAAGGGAGGAGGGUGCUGUGGAAAUACUGGAAAGAGGCCUGAGGGCGGAUGUGGAGGUUGUUGUUAGAACGAGGCAUGGAUACUUCAGUUGAAGAAAGAGGCAUGUGUUAUCAGUUUCUUCGAUGUUAACGUUAACUGUGCGAUCAAGUGUCAAUAAAAAUGAACAUGAAAAUGAGAAUA